AAAAAACAAAAACUAUAAUAGUUUUGUUAUUUUACCCGCUCUUGUCUAUAUUUUCCGAAGAAGCAAUUAAAAACUUCACUGCCAUAUAAAAAUAAAUAAUUUGAUAUCGAAUAUUGUUAAAGAAUUAUCUCGUAUAUAUCUAAUAGAAACGAAUACCGACUUCCCUUUUGUGGGACACAUCAUCGCUUUUUGUGUUUAUGUGUUGAUCGCUUAAGUUCCUACAAACAGGUCGGGGUGGAGAAGACGGCGGAAGUUAAAAAUUUCUAAUUAUUUUGUGCAGGUACACACGACGACAAAAAAGAUGACUUCAACAAAACCACGGAAACAACCGACUGCAAUAUCUCGUAUGAAGCAAGAUUAUAUGCGAUUAAAGCGUGAUCCUUUGCCGUAUAUAACAGCAGAGCCCUUACCCAAUAACAUUCUCGAGUGGCAUUAUGUGGUAAAAGGCCCAGCAAACACACCUUACUAUGGAGGUUACUACCAUGGAACCUUGCUUUUUCCUCGAGAAUUUCCUUUUAAGCCUCCUUCAAUUUAUAUGUUGACACCAAAUGGCCGAUUUAAGACUAAUACACGCCUUUGCCUUAGCAUAUCAGACUUUCAUCCUGAUACUUGGAAUCCAACUUGGUGCGUCGGUACUAUCUUGACUGGCUUGCUAAGCUUUAUGCUUGAAAGUACACCAACCCUAGGUUCAAUCGAAACAACGAUUUAUGAGAAACAAAGGUAUGCUAGAAAGUCUUUGGAAUACAAUUUAAAGGACCCAAUCUUCUGUGAGUUGUUCCCCGAAGUAUGUGAAGAAAUUAAAAAGCUAUUGGAGGACGAAAAGCAAAAGUUAGCUAUGCUUAAAGGAAAAUCUCACUCUGCAAGUUUAGAUGAUAAAACGAAAAAUUUUAAAACUAAUUGCGCCAAUGAAGCUAAUGAUGCGCUACAAGGAAAGUCAGAUGACAGUAAAAAACGAAAGCCAAAAAUUAAUUGGCCCGGUAUAUAUUCAAAUCUGGUCAUUGGUAUAAGUUUUUCCAUAUUUGCUUUGGUAGUGAAUUAUGUGAUUAAGAAUCUAAAUCAGGAAUAAAGUUUAACCAAGACAUGUUAGAAUAGCCGCUAAACACCUGCCCAUUGGUAACAGUUUGCACUAAUUAAUGUAUGUAUAUGUAAAUAAAAAAAAAAAACCUAAACACGGCUUAAUGUUACGAUCCAGUCAUAGCUGUACUAUAAUUUGCUGAUCUCUGAAAAGAGAAAUGGAAUAGAGUUUUUAAUUAGAUUAAGAGGCAACCUUUUAAAGACUUAAAUAAAAGUGUUGUUUCGGACCUAAUCGAUUGACUAUAGCACUUUUGAUGCAGUAUCCACAUGUAUAUACAUAUCGUUUUGACUCGUGCUGACAGAGUUCAAUAUUAUUUGGGAAUUAAUAGUUCAAACAAGUCAAAUAGGUGUUAAAGCGAGUUAAACUAAAUGUUAUAAUUUA